UCUGCCGGCCACAGACAAAGUCCGAUCCAGCUGCUACAGUCCAGUUUUGCAUAAGAGGGAACAGACCUGGAAUCAUCCGACAAACGAAGAUAUCCACUUUUAAAAAAAAUAAAUCAUAAGUAUUUUGGUCGAAUUUCAUCAGAAGACAAAGCCAAAAGAAUGAGUUCUGCAUGCCUGGUCCUAAAGCAGCCGUCUUUCGGCGCAGUACCUUGGUCGCGCUCGCUGACAGUGAGCAGCUGCUCGGCCACAAAUGGCAGCCAGACCUCACUGUGGAGACCGUGGUUAUCCAGCAGCAGGGAUGGACCAGAGCAAUGCCCACGGAGCAAGCUGUCCUAUCCUUAUUCCAGACCAACAGUGCCAGGCUGCUUUGUGAAAAAUGGGAAACCUCAGUCCUUCCAGCACCCUGUCAGGCUAUUCUGGCCCAAAUCCAAGUCAUUUGACUAUUUAUACAGUGAUGGCGAGGCCUUACUGAGGAACUUCCCCAUUCAGGCAACCAUCAGCUUUUAUGACAAGUCUGACAGUGAAGAUGACGAUGAGGAGGAUGGGCUGGAGGAUGGUGACUUUGAGGGGUACCAAAGAGCAUGCCCCCCCCCCCCCACACACACACACACACAACUGAAUGACUGAGAACCUCUCCAUUUUCCUGUGAAAGGCCUGGAGAGACUGUAGACUUUUUUUCCCUAAAAAGACUGUUUAUACACAGCUAAUUGGUUUUAAACUGCAUUUUAAAGGGUGUAUGAGAUAUUACAGAGUAGAAAAAACUAAGGAAUGUGAUAGAUGGUAAGAGGUAAAAAAAUAUCAGUAGUCAGUGGGAGAACACAGGCAAGAAACAUUGAUACACUUUCUUUGUGUUAGAAAUCAGCAAGAUUGUGUUUCAAGACUUUAUUUGCCCUUAUAUCUCUGAUAUUUCUUUAUAUGCCUUGUGACCACUAAGGCCCUCAAAGGAUAUUCCCCACUUAAAGGUUUACAAAAUUUAGCAACACUAGGUUAAACAGAGAUUUUAAGAUUUGAGGAGAGUAGAAUGUCAAUCUAGACUAAAGUGUGAAAAUACGCAGUAUCUGCUACACAAUGUUGUUUUUUCAGUGUGUAUGGUGAUAGAGGAAAGCCAAGCAUUAUGUGCUCCCAUAUUUGGGAUACUAGUUAUGUUUACAGUCAAUCUCAGGCUCUGAUCCUUGCCAGUGUGUAUAGAAUGUAAUCUGCACAUCUUUCUAACUUAUAAUGUCCUGUAUAUUGUACAUAACUUGUACAUAAACACAUAUUUAUGGUGACAUAUUUUUCUAUACAUUUUUUGCAUCAGUCUCAUUUUGUACUGUCUAAACACCGUCCGUGCUGAGCUUGUAAAAAAAAUGAAAUAAGCUAUUUUGGGACCUAUUUAUCCUCAUCUGUUUUCUUCUUUAUCUUUAUGAGGAGAGAGGUUUUCAUCACCACUAUAUUUCCUCUCAACAUUUUGAUGUUUAUCUACUGUUUCUGAUUAGGUGGUUGGAUUGGAGGUAUGCUCGCCAUCACUAAAGAGGCGAUGAGGGAAGGUGAGAGGGAGACAGAAAAUUUAGACAGAAUGUAAAAAUGAAAAUUAAAUGAACAGAAAAACAUUCACCAAGUACUUUAUUAGGAACACCAUACUAAUACUGGGUAGGGCCUCCCUUUGCUCUUUAAACAGCCUCAGUUAUUUGUAACAUGGAUUCCACAAGAUGUUGGAAACAUUCCUUUGAGAUUCUGCUCCAUGCUGACAUGAUCGCAUCACAUAAU